GAGAGGAUGAGAUGCGUUUCCAAAGCCGGGUAUGGCACGAAAAUACUGAAAAUCCAUUAUCUUUGAGCUGCAGUUGUUUGCUUGACUCGUAGUUCUGGAUGUUUCGUUACCUGUAAGAAUCGAGUGUUCAGUGUUGUGCAAGUGAAAUGGAUAAGGUUAAUGCAUUGAAGGACAAAGGAAAUGCCGCCCUACAAGCGGGCAAGCUCGACGAAGCGAUUAAAUGUUAUACCGAUGCAAUAGCACUGGACAAAAACAAUCACGUUUUAUACAGUAACCGUUCAGCAGCGUAUGCAAAAGCAGGAAAGUACUCUCAGGCACUGGAAGAUGCGGAAAGAACUGUGGAAUUGAAACCUGAUUGGGCUAAGGGUUACAGCAGGAAAGGAUCUGCUUUAGCAUAUCUGGGCCGUCUAGCUGAAUCUGUUAAAGCAUAUGAAGAGGGUCUGAAGAAAGAACCUGACAAUGCCCAGUUAAAGAAAGACUUGGAAGAUGUAAAAGCUCAACAGUUUGCUGAGAAGGGGAUGGCAAACCCAUUUAGGAUGCCAGAUUUAUUUAUUAAAUUGAGAAAUGAUCCUCGUACUCGAGCGUAUUUGGAAGAUCCUGAUUAUGUGAAAUUGAUAAAUGAACUGCAGAAUAAUCCAAAUAGCCUAGGGACCCAUUUACAUGAUACACGAAUUUUAACAACACUAAGUGUUUUACUUGGAUUAAACAUUGAUCCUCAUGGAGAUGAAGAAAUGGAAACUGAACCUAUACCCCCUAAACCCGAAACACCAAAACACCACUCACAAUCGAAUACAAAACCGAAAGAAGAGAAGACAAAAGAAAAUCUCUCUGAAAGCCAAAUAAAAGCACGGAAAGAAAAAGAUCUUGGAAAUGAAGCGUACAAGAAGAAAAAGUUUGAAGAGGCUUUGAACCAUUAUAACAAAGCAGUUGAACUGGAUCCAACUGAUAUGACCUUUCUUAAUAACAUAGCAGCUGUCUAUUUUGAACAAAAGGAGUAUAAAAAAUGCAUUGAACAGUGUGAAAAGGCUAUUGAAAUUGGGAGAGAAAAUAGGGCUGAUUUUAAAUUGAUUGCCAAAGCCUUUACCAGAAUUGGGAAUGCCCACAAAAAACUUGGGGACCUGUACAGUGCAAAAACUGCAUUUGAGAAAUCCAUGUCUGAGUUCAGGAACCCUGAGGUGAAGGCUUUGCUUUCAAAUGUGGAGAGGGAGAUAAAAGAAUUAGAGCGAAAGGCAUACAUUGAUCCAGCUAAAGCUGAAGAAGAGAAGGAGAAAGGAAAUGAACUCUUCAAAAAUGGCAAUUAUGCAGAAGCUGUCAAACACUACACAGAGGCAAUAAAGCGGAAUCCUGAUGAUCCAAAACUAUACAGCAACCGUGCCGCAUGUUACACAAAACUUGCUGCGUUUGACUUGGGACUAAAAGACUGUGAGAAAUGUCUUGAAUUGGAUCCAAAGUUCACUCGAGGUUGGAUAAGAAAAGGCAAAAUUCUGCAGGGAAUGCAGCAACCUGGCAAAGCUAUCUCAGCAUACCAAAAAGCAUUGGAACUAGAUCCAUCAAAUGCUGAAGCUAUUGAUGGCUACAGAACCUGUACAAUGGCAGUAAACUCAAAUCCAGAAGAAGUUCGUAAGAGGGCAAUGGCUGAUCCUGAAAUACAAGCUAUUAUGCGAGAUCCAGCCAUGAGAGUUAUUUUAGAGCAAAUGCAGAAUGAUCCGAAAGCUCUUGCAGAGCAUUUGCAAAAUCCUGAAAUUGCCUCAAAGAUUCAGAAGCUGUUGGAAUCAGGAUUGAUUGCUAUUCGUUGAUGUAACGAGAGAGACUAAUUUGCUCUGACUCAUCCGUUUGAUCUGCACAGGUGUUGUAACAUCACCAGCGCUCAGUCAUCUUCGCCUGAAUUGUGUGCAUUUAUUGGCAAAUAAUGUAAUUCUUGUAUUGUCUAUGUUUCAUUGUAUUUUUAUAUUCAGGAUGUGUUAUUUAGACGACUGAUGAAUGUUUAGAAAGCCAUUUGACUAUUUGUUUUACUGCCAGGUGCACAGGUAAUUUGUUACGAGCUAACAGAAGACAAUGAUAGUGUUUAAUGACACUAGGAGAAGUUUUUUGAUUUGUUAGUGAAACAGAGAUGUUAUGUGAACUUUAAUUCCUACUGACACCGUAAAUUAUUGGCAUUAUUAUGUGACUGUUGAAAGUGCUAAUUACUGUAUUCUUUCAGAAUACAAAAUAAAAUUUAUAGGGGCAUAUGUUCCAUGAAGGAGAUAAGCCCUUUACCUUUA